AUGAGGCAGAGGAGGAGGAACAAGUGGCUCCUGUUUUGGCACAAAGAGGAACAAGAAGAGGAGGAACAAGAAGAGGAGGAACAAGCUGCUGCGUCAGAGCAAGAGGAGGAAUCAAUAAAUGAGGCAGAGGAGGAGGAACAAGUGGCUCCUGUUUUUGGCACAAGAGAACAAGAAGAGGAGGAACAAGCUGCUGCGCCAGAGCAAGAGGAGGAAUCAAUAAAUGAGGCAGAGGAGGAGGAACAAGUGGCUCCUGUUUUGGCACAAGAGGAGGAGGUGGAAACUCCUGUGACAGAAGAAAUUGAGGAACAAGCAUCAGUUGUGGUACACCAGGAGGAACAGCCCAUUGUAAUGGCAGAACUGGAGAGGGACUCCAAAGUUGCCACAGGUGAGAUGGGCAGCCUUGAUGAGUUGAAUGAUGUUGGCCCUGCUGAAGGGGAGGUUGAAGAGGUUGCAGAGCAGACAGAUCCCAUAGUGGCAGAUGCAACUCAAGUUGUGGCAGAAGAUGAAACUUCACUGACAGAACAAGAGGAGGAUGCAGCAUUGCAACAGGGAGAUGAGGAACAAGGAACCACAGUGGCAGAACAAGAAGAUGAGGAACAAGAAGCAACUGUGCCAGAGCAAAGAGGAGGAAUCAAUAAAUGA